CGGGGGGACUACAACAGAAAGGAACAGGAAGUAGCAGAGGGAGGUGCUGACAGAGGCUGGUUUCAUUGUUUCACACAAUAGUCUAAAUAUCUGAGACGAGGAGCUUUCAUUGACGUCCACAUCAGCUGGUCAUGGACACCAUAGAGGCCAUCGUGUCCAUCGCCGCAGAGAUCUACACCAUAGUUGAGAAUGUGAAGGCCAACAAGAAGCGCUGCCAUCGUGUUUGUUACCGAGUCAAAGCCCUGGAGGAUCUGUUGCAGUCCAUCAAAAAGAUGAAACAAAUCUCUGACGAAGUGAAAAAAACCCUUGGAGAACUCUCUUUAACUCUGAUAUCAGCAAAGGAGCUCAUUGAGAAAUACUCCAGGGACACCUGGUAUAAGCUCAUCCUGAAAAACAGCAGCUACCAAGACGAGUUCAACUGUGUGAACGAUCGCCUGACCGAUGCCUUCCAGUCCCUGUCAGGAGCUCUGCAGGUGGAGCAGGGAAACGUGCUGCAGAAGGUGUUUGAACAGGGCUCCAGGAAGGACGAGGACGAGGUGGACAGGAAUGAGGACGACAACAAGCUGAAGAACUCGCUCCAGCAGUACAUCGAGGAUAAGGAGAAAGAACUUAAGGACCUCAAAAUCAAAGUGGAAAAAGUCUUGGACGUCUUGAAGAAGCCCAGCAUCAUUAAUGAAAAAAUCCGAAUGAUCAAACAGGAAGAGCUUGAAUACAAGCCUAAGGACGGAAUUAGCAAAACGCCCUUCAUGACAACAUCAACCUCAGAGGUCUACCGAGGAGAGUUCUGCGGCUUCCCAGUGGCCAUCAAGAGAUACUUUGACCCUGUGACCACCGACCUGAGGAAGGUGGAGAGAAUUUUCAAUAAAGAGGUUAAAACCAUGAAGCGGUUUGAGUCGCCCAACAUCCUGCGAAUGUUUGGCAUCUGUCGCCAGGACAGACCGAGCCCUCAGUUCCUCAUCAUCAUGGAGUACUGUGAGAAGGGAAGUCUCCGUCAGGUUCUGGACUCUGGUUGCACCUUGACCUGGAUCACGAAAGCUUGUAUGUGCCGGGACGCAGCACGCGGACUCUACCGACUGCACCACACUGAAGUUAAGUCUAACGUUCAUGGAUGCAUCAACAGCAGCAAGUUCCUGGUGGCUAAAGACAACACAGUGAAGUUGGGAGGCUUUGAGCUAACAGAAACUGAGACGUCGCUGAGGAAGACAAAGGAGGUAAAAGUGAUCCGGUCCAUGUCCUAUUCCUCCCCGGAGAUGCUGGCCGACAUCAACAAGAUGUACUGCAAAGAGUGUGAGAUUUACAGCUUCGGAAUCGUCCUGUGGGAAGUUGCAACCGGACACAAACCUUUUGACGGUUUGUCGAAUAAGGAAAUCGAUCAGAAAGUGAAUAAAGAAAAAUUUCAGGAGCCGCUCCCUGACGACUGUCCUAAAGAACUGGGAGAUCUGAUCAACGCCUGUCGGGCCUAUGAUCCCUUCCACAGACCAUCUGCUGGAGUGCUGCUGGAUAAACUGCAAAGCGUAGUGACACAGUUAGAGAAGUGAUUCAUCGCUCUGCCUCUCUGUCUGCAGUCCUCAGACGUCAUGGACAUCCUCAGGAGAAGAAAUACUUGUUAACUCAGAAAAUCAAAUCCUCGUCUCACAGCUGUGUCCUCUCCUCUCUCAGACCUCCUGUCUCAUCUGAACUUCAGAAAUCCUCACUAUAAAUUACAUUCGUCACUUGUCCUGGCACGUCUGCAUCUGCUGUGUGAGACUCAAGGCUGUGACGAGAUCUGCAACCUCAAAAACAAAGUGCGUUUGCUAAUAAAUACCCAUUAACCUCCUGAGCCCGACGGGCCUGGUACCGCGUCCACUCCUGUUGUGUAGUUACAGAAAGUUGUGACAGAAGAUAUGCAUGUGUCUCUGCUCUGAAAACAUUCAGCUUUCACAAUCAGAAAGAAACGUUGUCUUAAUACAAAGUAUUUUAGAAAUAAAGCCUUUAACCUUCGGAAAUAUAAGAGCAAGUUGUGUUUGCGUUGUCAUCCGCACACGGACCAACAACAGUUAGCAGAACAGGGUCUAUGCAAUCCUAAAGUAGGACGGUUCUGUAAUAGUGUAAUUCCUAUCCUAACAUUAGAUAUGAUGUUUCCCCCUAAAUGCAGUUAGAGAACAUGUUUCUGUACUAAAACUCCUAAACUGAGACAGGACUUUAGAUUUAGGAAGUUUCUGUAAUGAGGCUCAUCUGCUGAAAACUUCUUUAUAAUCCACACGAAGAGUUUACAAAGCACUGAAACAGUUCACUGUUUGCAUCUCGUACUGUUCAGACCAGAAGCUACCUUCUUACGCAUCUGCUUACAAAAGAGGAUCAUUGUCAUUUAAAUGUUUUUGUAAAUGAUUGCAUGUUUAGUCAUUUCAGGGUAACUUGUGAGAGGCCAUGAAUAAUACGAUCAACACGUGUCACUAACUGUUCAACGCCAGCCAGGCGACAUGUUUUAAAAUCUUUUAGUCUUUGUUUAACGAGAUUCUCUCUGCAAAUGAAAGUGGUGGUUGGUUAAAUAUUAGAUGUUAAAAUAUACAAUGAAAUCAAUAAACAAACCUACAAAACCUC